AUGGCCAACAUUUAUCAGUUCCCUGCAGUGUGCCUGGAUUGUGUGUGCUUCGGUCCAGGUGAAUUACGUUAUGUGGAAGCUUCUAUCACUUUCCUCACUUUAUGUCUGAGGAAACUGAAUGAAGCACAGGAGGCUAAGUGUUUUGCCCUGGUUCGCAAAGCCAAGAUAAAAGAGCAAGUUAGUACUUUGUAUCUGAACAUCAACCUUGUGGAGCCAAGACUAACUCAGUCGUACGAGCAUGUUAUAAGGAACUUUAUCCGUGAGAUCAAACUGCAGAGCACAGAAAUGGAAAACCUGGCCAUUGCAGUGAAGAGAGCCCAGGACAAGACAGCCAUGCAGCUGAGUGAGUUGGAAGAGGAAAUGGAUCAGAGGAUUCAGGCAGCAGAACACAAGACGUGUAAAGAUGAAAAAUGUAAGGCUGAGGAAGCCCUCAGUGACCUCAGAUGUCAGUAUGAAACAGAAGCAGGAGAUUUACGGGUGACAAUAAAGAAACUUAAAAAGCUAGAAGAACAAUCAAAACAACUAAGUCAAAAAGAAGAUGUGGCUGCCUUAAAAAAGCAAAUUUAUGAUUUAUCAAUGGAAAAUCAGAAAGUUAAGAAAGAUCUUUUAGAUAUUUUAGAAGCACAGAAAAACAUAGCCUUUCUUCAGAGUGAAUUAGAUGCUUUGAAAAGUGAUCAUGCCGAUCAGACUCUGAAUUCAGAAAGAUAUGAAACUUGGCAUUUUAUUCUUUAGCAUCUGGAAAUAAUCCGAGAGUACACAGAAGAUCGAAAUACUCUUGAGAGGCAAAUGGAAAUACUCCAAACAGCUAACCAGAAGUUACAUGACAGUAAUCAUGGCCUUAGGAACCCCCUUGAAAACAGUUACAGCAAGUUCAACAGAUCUUUGCACAUAAGUAAUAUAUCACGAGGGAAUACGAUUUCUAGGAGCAGUCCCGAAUUUAAUGGUCAUUCUCCUCAUCCUCUGAGCUUUGACAGGUCAUCCCACUCCUCCUACGUGGAUAAGGACUGUGACUUGUUGGCCCUCUGUGACCCUAUGCAGACGAUGAAUUGUGAGGUGGACAGCCUUCCUGAGAGCUGCUUUGACAGCGGCUUGUCUACCCUGAGAGAUUCCAACGAAUAUGACUCGGAGGUGGAAUACAGGCACCAGAGGGCACCUCAGAGGUCACGCGACAUGCAGAGGUCACACGACAUGCAGGAGAGCUUUGGGGGUGAUGCUUCAGACAUAGACAUAAGCCCCAGAAAUCACUGUCUCCUGGGCCUUCGAUGGAAAUCUAUCAUUUCCAUCUGUUACCAACAGGUUCCUUAUAUAAGGGAUGAAGAGACGUUUGGUGCCGAAGGUGUGGCUGCCAUCUUAGACUGGAAACCCCAGGGGUCCACUAGUGAGGGCAGCAUCAUCAGUUCUUUAAGAAAGCCCAUCUCAGCUCUGUCACCACAGGUAGGUAGUUUCUGGGAUAUUUUAUUCACGAACACUGUGAAUUUUUGGUACCUUAUAACUUAUUAGGAAGACAACUGGCCCAACCUUUGUCACCCAUUGUGGCUUUGUCCCCCUAGACAGACAUGGUGGAUGGCAACCAUAAAUCUUCCAGCUCACAGAAGGUUUACAAGAUUGUGCUUGCUGAGGAUGCUGCAGUGGGAAAGUCUAGUUUCCUCAUGAGGCUCUGCAAGAAUGAAUUUCGAGGAAAUACAAGUGCCACCCUGGGUAGGGUUCCUUCUCCAGGUGGUAAUGGGGAAAUGACCUUCUUUUAGCUUGAUUUUAUUUUCCAUAGAAAAUAUAUACACAGAUCUCUCUGUAUACAUAUAUAAUAUAUAGGAAUGUGUGUGUGUGUGUGUGUGUGUGUGUGUGUGUGUCCUUAUCUACAGAACGGUCUUCUGUUUUGGUGAAGGCCCAACUUUAGGAAAAGAAGGCUGACAAAGGACAGAGGUAUCCACUUAGCCAGUCAGAGCAGCCAGACCAAGCUUAGAGCCAGAGAUGACGGAUUCAUUUAUUCAGCAGACAUUUCCUGAGCUCUCCUAAGAGCAUGAUACUGCUGUAAGUGCUCAGGACACACAAUGAACAGAGGCAACCAAAUCCCAGCCUGCAAGGAAACUUCACCCCAAAGGACAGCAAUGGAUGAAAAAAAGAUGAAGUUUGGAGAGAGGUGCAGUUCUACACAGGGUGACCGGGGAAAGCUUUUCUGAUAAGCUGUCACUUGGCAAAGUGACAUUGUUGGUGGCCACUUUGUCAUGGUCAAAAUCAUAGCCAGGUGUAUGAUCCUUCCCCUCCUUUACAGCGGAAUCCAUGAGUAAGCCAUUCUGAGAACAAGAGAGGAAGUGUCCUGAUUUCCCAAAUUUGCAUACUAAUCAGUUAAAGGAGUUGAAGGUUUGCAAGUUAUCGUUCACCUUUCUUCUUUAUCUAAAGACUUCUUAUUUUGAUGAUGAGAAAUAUUAGAACAGAUUGAUUAUGCCCUCUUUACAAUGGACGUCUUUGUAAAUUCACAGUCCUUCAUCAUACCCCUGAAGAUAACAAAUUGCAAGUUCUCUUUUAUUUGGUUCCUGAAAAGCCCACCACGUUUUGUUUGGUUGCUCAAGAGUAUUGUGUAUAUGCACACCUCCCACAUAUCCUCACACAGAUACAUACACACGUACAAGUCCACAUGCACACAAGCACACACAUAAACACGCAGAGACAUACCGACUUUGUAUAAUCACACAGACAAACAGAACGUAGAUUUUCCUUUUGUCUGUAUCAUCUAAAAAAAAGGUUUCACAUCCUGUAGAAAGUUACAUAUAAUGUAACUAUGUUACGUUCUCAAUUUAGAUCUUGCAAGACAAUUACCAUCACGGCUGCUUUCAUGCUGUCUCAUGUCAUAAAACAUGAGCUAGACGAGUUUAUGGAUUUGCACUGUCUGAAACAGAAUUCUGUUUUGAGGGGAGGCCAUGAAUGUUUGAUUAACACCCUGAACUACUAGUAUUGCUUUUUUCUAGAAACCUCUCAAUCCCAGGAAAAGUGUUUCCUAGAAAUGCAGUUUCCUCGCAAUGCUGACAGGACUUUUAUCACAAUCAUUGUCCAUUGGCAAGUGAGCUUGCCAGCAUCAGAACCACAAGCUUUGUACAUUUUGCAGUAGAUUCAAGUUCCAAAGUGUUUAAUUUAUCAAUGGUCUGAGAUUUGGAAGAAAAAAAAAAAACAAACCAACCCACAAAAAGUGCUCAGGCUGAUAUUUCCAUUCAGCCCAGGAGCUGAGCCUGUUGGGAGGAAAUCUGCCAAUGAGACAGAGUCACCUUACAUGCACUUGCCAAGCAUAUGGUAGUUUUGGUGAGAAAGUGUAGUUUUCCCAGGCUUACGCCUAUUGUAGGUGUUUGAAAUAUCUGAUUUCCUUGAAGUGGGAGGGACAUGCCUGGAUUUAUGGUGGAUUAGAGAACCGAAAGGCCAGAUGGACCAUGUGGGUAUGUAUUUUUUCCUCCCUAAUAGUUGCUUUCAGGUUCAAUAAAAUGUCUGCAUUAUUGUGAGCUCUCAGCCUGUGGAGGCCCCAUACAUGGUUCAUUAGCGGUAUCAAGGAAAUGAAUAUUUGCAGGCCAUGCAGUGUAAUGAGAAGGGGGCACAAAAGAGAGAGAGAGAGAGAGAAAACAUUUGACCAGACAGUCAGAUGAUUGUAGCUGGUAGAGGCUAUUGGACUGCCUAGAAGUGAGAGACGUGAGUUGUCUUGUGAAGGCACUAUGAUUAGUAUACCCAUUGCACAGAUAAGAAAGUGGAGGACUAGAAUGCUUAAUCAGCCUGCUCAAAGUGACACAGCUACUAAGUGGCAACACUGGGACUUGUUGCCACCACUCUGGCGCAUCAGCUUGUUGCUUCCCUGUUGGCAAUCUCAGGAUUGCAUUCCACAUUCUCUUCUUCUUUACUCUCUCUCUGCAUAAUGUCAUCUCUCCCCAGGGCUUCUAGAACUGCCUCUAGCUGAUGACUUCUCCAAUUUCUGUAUUUUUUACCUCCACCUCUUUUUAAAAUUCCAUAACCACAUCCCCACCCACCACCUAGAGGAAAUUCCAGAGGCAUGACUGUAUCCAACAUGUGCAAACCCUCACAGCCUGGCCUCACCCACCUUUCUGGUUGCAUUUCUUAAUCUUACUUUCCAAAGGAAUGAUAAUCUGUAGACACAGAAAACUUAAUUCCACUUAUGGCCAAGCUCUUUAUGUCUCCUUGCCUUUAUGCAGGCUGUCCCUUGCACCUAGAAUCUCCUUUCCUCAUUUAGCGAGGGUCAAUUCCUGUUCUUUCAAGAGGUCCCUCCUGUGUCAAAGUGUCCACGCAGUCCCAGCUCCACAAUGCCUUCUUUCCCCGCAAACCAGUACGACUGGUGUACCGUGCUUCUGUGUUAGCAGCUGUCUUGGGACCUGGAAAUGAUUUGUUUAGCCUUCUCUCCUUCAGUGCUCACUAAUAGAGGGUCCCAGUGUUUGGCAUAAAUUGAGCAUUUGUUGAAUGACCAAAUGUCUGAGAUGAUGCAGUUGGCAGUUGUAUGAGUUCUCUGUUGUUGCUGUAACAAAUUCCCACAAGUGUUGUUGCUUCAGCAAUGCACGUGUAUCACGUUCCAGUUCUGGAGGUCAGGAGUCUGAAACGAGUCUUAUGGGGUGUUCUAUGAGGGUGUACCUUCCUUCUUCUCCUGGGUCUUUGUUUCCUCGUCCGUGAAGUGAGGAUAAUAAUUCUACCCUGUCACCUGUCAGGGUUGCAUGUGUGUUUGUGUUGUGUGAUUGUUUAUGUGCAUUAAAUAAGAAAAAUGUGAAAACAUAUAGUAUAGCGUUUAUUAGCUGGCCUUCAGCAAGAGUUAAUUCCUUCCUCUUUUUUUUUUUUUUUUUCUUCUCCUGAGAUAUCUCCUUUCCAACUCACAGUAUAGAGGUUUUCAAAAGUUAGCACAUAUCAGCACAUUCUGGAGUCCCGCUGACCAAUUUGGCCUCCAUGGGCCACCUGAAUGUGGCAAACCCAAAUUGAGAUGUGCUAUAGGUACUGAGUAUGUACUAGAUUUUUAAGACAGUAUAAAAUCAUAAAAUACUUCAUUAUUAUUUUUAUUGAUAAAAUGAUAGAAUGAUAUAUUUGCCAUAUGGAGUUAAAAUAUAUUAAUAAAAUUAAAUUUACCUCUUUCUUUUUACAUUUUUCAAUAUGGCUGCUAAAAAAUUUAAGAUUACAUGUGGAUUGCAUUAUAUUUUGAUUGAACAGUAUUGCUGUACUAGGAAUAUGCCAGUUUUUAGUAGGUUCAGUUAUCUGCUGCUCUGCAAUAAACCAAACGUGGUUGCCUGAAACAACUACCACCUUUUAGUUUCUUGAAAUUAUCAGAAUUGGCUAGAUCUCAGCUGGAAGGUUUCUCUACUUGGAAGGUUCUUGCUUGGGGUGUCUCAUGCAUUUGCGGUCAGGCGGCCAUGGGGGUAAAGCUGAGGCUAGGUGUCUGCCACCAAGGUCCUUGACCUUCUGGCCUCUCUGCUGGUCCUCUCCACUGAGGACCCUGGCAGCUGAGAGCAGCUAGGCCUUAUUAACGCUUGGCUUGGAGUCCCAGCCCACCAUUUCCCCUGCAUUCUUUUGAUAUAAGCAGUCACAGAGCCAGUAUUGUGAAGGGACAGCCCAUAGUGGGAGCUCCCCAGGCUUGAUGGGGAAGGUAGGAUUGUUUGGAGGCCUCCUGGGGAUGAGCUGUCAGAGUCAGGAGUGCCAUUCAGGGUCUGCAUGUUUCACAGGUAUCCCUGGGAACACGCUUAGAAGAAUACUAUCCCUAGGAGGUUUUCACUUGUGAAAGUGAAGAUCUUUUGUCAUUGUACCCUCUAGUUGUUAAUUCUAAAGGAAAGUUAGGAAGAGGUGGAAGGAAGAUUUUUUUUUUUACUGGAUUUUAAGCAUUCAUCAUUAUCUCCAUGAUCCUGUAUAAUUAAAGAGUGGUCUUGAAGUCAUCAUUGCUCUUGUUAAGGUCAGCAAGUACUAGUCGGCGAUGGAAGCCAGGUUCCAGAGUGCUAAGGAGUGAGCUGUGCGUGGGGCAGACUGUAAAGCAUGUGAGACCACAGGAGAGAGCAAUAGGGUGUGUGUGUGUGUGUACGCGCAUGUGCGUGUGUGUGUGUUCCUGUGCAUGUGUGUCUCGUGUGUGCCUGCCUCGUGCAUGCGUGAUUAUGGCUGGUGCUCAGAGUUCAGGUGUGGUUCCAGGCCCGUUUCUGUGGCUUCUCCAGCCACAUGACUGAAGGGAACUUCCUUCCCCUUUUUUUCUUUGCCUUUGCUUCUGCACAUAUAAAAUGGGGCCCAACAAAUUCACAUGGUCCUCGCGAGAAUGGUGUCUGGAUGACAUACAGCAAGUGCUCAGCCGUCUUGUUAUUUCUACAGAACCAUUUGUGGUUUAGUUUUGUACCUCAGUAAUGCAUUCUCUCUCUCUCUCCCCCUCUUUCUCCUGCCCCUUUCCCGCAGGGAAGUGAAAAAAAGGACCAAUGAAGAUGACAGCAAAUCCAUCACCAAUCAGACCAGGACCAGAUCCAAAAGGUCAACGCAGAUGAAGAACUGUUGUAGUUAAAUCCCAAACAUCCUUGGCCUGUCAGGAGAAUGUUCUGGAAUAUAUACUUUGAUAAUGGCUGCUAACUUGGUAAAAACAUGAAAGAACACUGAAUUGUUAAAAGGGGAAAGGUUAUGGGAUGUGAAUUAUAUCUCAUUUAAAAAAACAACACACUACCACUUUAACAUUUGCCCAAGGAAAAUGUGCAUGAUUGUUUCAGACCUUCCCAUGAUUUACAAGCAUAAUCUCCAAUAUGGUACAAAUCUCUGAACUCUGUCAUGGCCAGCAUCCACUACCUGAAAUAAUGAACAGUGAAAAAAAUGUUACGUAUAGUUUUGGAAAUUCAUCUCUUCACAAGAGGUACUGUCCUUAGGAAUGGGAGAUCAGAGUCUUUUGUUUAAUAUGACUAGUGACUCCUCACCAACAAUGUGGUGGGUCUUGCUCUCCUUCUAGAACCUGCAGUGCCCCCCAGAUUUCCCCACUGAAAGGUCUCUAACAGCUGAAGGAAUCAACACUUGACCCUAGGGAAGCCUGGUUUUUGGUUUUUGGCUUUUGGUUCUCAGUGGCCUUGAACCAAUUAAGUUAUUCCCAACUAGAGGUUUGAACUUACCUUGGUUCAUAUAGUUCCAGCUUCCAAGUAGUCUGCUGGAAAAACCUUAAAUAAUAACUUAUUUAUUGUAUUACACAAGCUAAUAACAUUCCUUUUUGUUGAAUUAAAACAAUUCCGUGGAGCAGUUUUUCCCCUGUUUAUUUUUAUGAUCAAAUCUUUUAUUCCCCAGCUUCAUUUUCUUUUAAGUGAAAACUGACCAGAUAUGUUACACACCAAGAUUAUAAAGAACCACAAAAUCCUCAAGUUUGCAAAAGCAUGCCUUCUCUCUAUUGACAUCUAGGUGUUUUUACCGCAAAGUUUGAGCUAUCCCUGGCAACUCUACCAUGGAUUUCUGUUCAAUGGCUUAGGUUGCACCAAGUAUACAUUUUUGACCAGAAAGAGCACCUCCCUGGUAGAAUAGUGUCAAACUAAGCGGUGCCAUCAUGAGAUGCACGUUUUGCCACUGCUGGUUGCCUCUGCGGCAUCUUUCGAACCUGGAUUAGAAAGGAUCUGUGUGUUGACAUAUGGGACAGUUGUUCAGGUGUUUGGUGCAGUUGCACAAAACUCUGUGAGUAUAGUUGUUACUGUGUUGCCUUUAUUUCCCCCCAGGGUGUCUCUCUGUAUUUGUCUGAUGGUUUUUACUUAGAAUGUAUCUUUGAUACAGAAGUAUUGCCUUGGCUUUUGUGUCUGGCUUGUAUGGCUAGUACACCCAAAUUGACUUGGAUGGAGAUUACAUAGACAAAAGCACUCAUCUUUAUUCAAACCUGGAUAAAUAUUUUGGCAACAAAAUCCAAAUCACAGAGGUAGAGUUCUGGUGAGCAAUCUUCUUUAAAGAAAAGCUACUUAGAAGCUCUCAGCUGCAUUAGUGGGAAAUCAUCAUUAUCACCGACAUUUCAUUUCAGGAAGGUGUUUUCCAAGUGUAUUUUUUGAUUCAAAAAUAAUGUUUUUAGCCUAGAAUUAAUGUGG